AUUUAUAUACAUGGUUUCUUCUCUCAUUCCACCAAAAUACCAAUCAACAAACUCAACCCACCUAAAAAAAAAUGGCAACAAGAACAAUGGGAGAGAAGCAAAACAAAGGAUCCAUGUAUGUAUACAACUUAGACACAGGAAAUCCAAAGUCAAAGUCAAAGCCGAAGCCGAAGCCAGAACCAGACUUAUCAACCAUGUUAAAGAAAGGGAUAUCAAAAGGAUGGCCCCUUAGAAAAUCGAAAACGUAUCGCGAAAAUAAUGUUGUCAUGACAACAACAAGAACAACAAAAGGAGAAACAACAAGAAAAUCAGUUUCAUCAAUCGAAGGACAAGUUGUUGUUGUUAAUAAGGAAAUUGCAUCAUCAAGAAAUCCAAUUCUUGAAUCAAGAAAAUCAGCUUCUUGCAUUAUUGGAACAAGAAAAUCAGUGACACAUGUUGAAUUAAAUGUGGCAUCAAUGGCUGCAAUUCUUCAAGUUAAAGUAUUGGUCACAGACAUGCCUGGAUUUAUGCAAGUUCAUGCUUUUAAAUGUGCAAGAACUACUUAUGAUAGCUUGGAGAAAUUCAGUUCCAAACAUAUGGCCUAUAGCAUGAAAAAGGAAUUUGAUAAAAUAUAUGGGCCUGCCUGGCAUUGCAUAGUGGGCUCAAGUUUUGGGUCAUAUGUUACUCACUCCACAGGUGGAUUCCUCUAUUUCUCAAUGGAAAAAAUUUAUAUAUUAGUCUUCAAGACAAAAGUCCAAAGGACCAUUGAGUCCUAAUUUAUUUAUUUAUUUUGGUAGUAAUACUUUUACUUUUGUGAUUUUUAUCACUUUUUUUUAGAAAUUUCCUUAAUUAUUUUUAGAUUUGUAAAUGGAAAUUCAUUGAGAUGAAGUGUGUAUAUGUCUUAAUUUUUUUUUUAAGAAAAAAAUAUGCAAUUAUCCUAAAA